AGACGAUGAAUGUCGACGCGAUGGCAACAACAACUGGGACACCUUGGGUAAGAACAUGGUCAAACCAAACGCGUUGUCGCAGUGGACAAGACAAGACGCGGCUAACUGAGCAGAAUAAAAACGUCUCCGUCGUGGAAACCCUUAAAACACAUCGGUGUGAAAGAAUAAUAGGGAUGUUGAAAGUCAAUGAGUUCGCAUCAGCCGUUUUCGUGGCAGCCAUGGCUUUGCUGGGCCAAGUCGAUGGCCACAUUUAUCAGACGAACGACGCCAUCGUUUUCGCGGUCGACCGGACGUGGGAUGGCUCUUUUCUUGCAAAGAGUUUCCCACUUAGUCCAUUGGAUUUUGUGCCAAUAAAAACGUUCCUGAAUGGCGGCCUUGUGCCUAACUGGCACAUUGUCCCCUCGGCUGAGCCGUCCCCAUCACAAAUGAAUUCGUACAGCAUCGGCCUGCAUCCGCAGCAGCAAGGCCCGAAUUUUUACAGCUGGUUGCACCAUCCGUUCGUCUAUGGCGGAGCCUUCAUAGUUCCGGCAAUCGAUUCUAGGAGCGGCCAGACACUCAAACAAGAAACCAAACAGAACAGUAUUCCUUGUGGCGCUGGACCUGACAAGAGUAGCAUUGGCGGUGGCGAGCAAGCUGUUCCGAAUUCUUGGCCUUUCAUGGUGGGCUUCAUGACGCCUGACAGUGGCAAGGUCAAUUGUGGUGGAUCUUUAAUUUCGGAAACUGAAGUUCUGACAGCGGCUCAAUGUUUUGAAAGAAAGUCCGUGUUUCAGUUAUCGCAAAUGGUUGUCAAACUUGGGAUGCAUUACCGUGGAGACGGUAAAUACGAACCGGAUGACGCGCUUGUGACCAGAAGAAUCAAUCACCUGGCAGUUCAUAAAGCAUAUAAUACCGGCAAUCGUUACUUUGAUAUCGCCAUUAUAACGAUGGACUCGGCCGUCGCUUACUCAAAAGCCAUUUCGCCCGUCUGCUUGGCACCUGCAAGUGGUAAACCCGAUGUCUACGCCGGAGAAACUGCCGUCAUUUUGGGUUGGGGAAGGUUAGGAGACGACGAGGACUUUUCGCCUACGUUAAUGCAAGCUAACGUUCCGAUCAUGACGAACGAGGAGUGCAGGAGAAUCUACACGGAGCCUGGCCAGAUUCCUAACCAUAUGAUGUGUACCUCUAGUGCUUUAUCCGAUGCGUGCGAAGGUGACAAUGGCGGUCCGCUCGUCGUGAAAUCUAAGGAAGACGGCGCAUGGUACCAAGCCGGCAUCGUCAGUUGGAGACGUGGAUGCAAGAGUGCGACUUAUCCAGCAAGUGUUUACACGAGGGUGAAUUGGCUAAGGGGAUGGAUUAACGGAAACAUGAAGAAUUGAUUGGCGUGAUUAUUUAUACAUCGUCACUCGUUCCAAAGGCUACGGCGAAAUGGCAAAUCUUUUUGGAAAAGCAAAUCAUAUAGCAUAAAUAACUCUGAGAUUGGAAAUCGCGACAUUGGGCUGUGCAAUAAAUAUUGAUUUCCUCCUUUUUUUGUUUUGUUUGUAUAUAGACAUUCAAUUGAUUUCAUUCUUCGGAUAAAGAACCCAUUCGUCAUCGGCUUAUACCUCAAAAAAAUGUGUGAAAAACAAAUAUCAUCCGAGUAAAAAUUGAAUGAAUUUGUUAUUGGAAUAAAUAUGGUUAAUAUAGGCUAUAUAUAUCUAGUAGAUAAUGAUAUAUUCUUUUGAAAAUGGUGCCAAUUGACUUGCUGUAGAUAAACGUUUUCACUUUUC